GGGCUGCGGCGGGCCAAGAUGGCGGCGGCGGCGGCGGCAGCGGCGGCGACCGAGCAGCAAGGUUCCAAUGGGCCAGUGAAGAAGUCCAUGCGGGAGAAGGCUGUGGAGAGAAGGAACGUUAACAAAGAGCAUAACAGCAACUUCAAAGCGGGGUAUAUCCCCAUUGACGAAGAUCGUCUCCAUAAAACCGGGCUGAGGGGGAGGAAGGGCAACUUAGCCAUCUGCGUGAUCGUCCUCCUGUUUAUCCUGGCCGUCAUCAAUCUUCUUAUCACACUUGUCAUCUGGGCCGUGAUUCGCAUUGGGCCAAAUGGCUGUGACAGCAUGGAGUUUCACGAGAGCGGCCUGCUGCGGUUCAAGCAGGUGUCCGACAUGGGUGUCAUCCAUCCGCUUUAUAAGAGCACGGUGGGAGGAAGGCGGAAUGAAAACCUGGUCAUCACAGGCAACAACCAGCCAAUUGUUUUUCAGCAAGGGACAACCAAGCUGAGUGUUGAGAAGAACAAAACCUCCAUCACCAGCGACAUCGGAAUGCAAUUUUUUGACCCAAGGACACAAAAUAUCCUAUUCAGCACAGACUAUGAGACACACGAGUUUCAUCUGCCAAGUGGAGUGAAAAGUUUGAACGUUCAGAAAGCGUCGACUGAAAGGAUUACCAGCAAUGCUACCAGUGACUUAAACAUCAAAGUCGACGGGCGUGCAAUUGUACGUGGCAAUGAAGGCGUGUUCAUCAUGGGCAAAACCAUUGAGUUUCAUAUGGGAGGGGAUGUGGAGUUAAAGGCUGAAAACAGCAUCGUCCUCAACGGCACCGUGAUGGUCAGCCCAACGCGUCUGCCCAGUUCCUCCAGUGGGGACCAGUCAGGGAGUGGUGACUGGGUGCGCUACAAACUCUGCAUGUGUGCAGACGGCACACUCUUCAAAGUACAAGUAACAGGCCACAACAUGGGCUGCCAGGUCUCAGACAACCCUUGUGGAAACACUCAUUAGAAGGUGCAUCUGCAGGGCUCAGCGUGUUCAGAUCUAACUUGACUCUCCCCUUUUUAAGAAUGCAUGUGAAUCACGUUUCUACAGAGUUUGCCAUAACUUGUAAUUAUUUUAACUAGGGAGCACCACUGUAUCUAUUAUGUACUCUCCAUAUUUAAGGGAUUUUUGAGUGCCUAAAUUCUAAUACAUUUUAGUAAGUUGCACUGAUACUCAAAUGACAGUUCUCUAAAACAAUUAUGAGAAAUUAAUAAAAUCAAAAUUAAUCUUUGAA